AUGUCGAUAUCAAUAAGAACUACACAAGUUCCCCACACCAGUCGGGUGUAUUCCACUGCUCUUGCUUUUGUCCCCGAGUCCGAGUGGAAUAGUUCCAGCAAUGAAAUCGAGUGGGGGAACCCCGACUCAUAUCGCAUUAUAAAGAAAGUGGGUCGUGGGAGAUAUUCCGAUGUCUUUCUUGGUGUUAUCGAGAAUGGAAAAUACCCCUGUGCAAUCAAAGUGCUCAAACCAAUCAAAGAAGAGCGGCUGAAGCGGGAGAUUCUCGUCCUCCAACGGCUCGCUCGGGUUUCUGAUGUCAUAAAGUUGUAUGACUGUGUGAUCAACAACGACAACAAAACACAUUCGUUAGUGAUGGAGUAUGUCCAAGGCGUUGAUUUUAGAACAAAUUUCCCAUUAUUUACACCACGAGAAGUUCAGUUGUAUAUGAAACACUUAUUCAGUGGGUUGGACGAGUCGCAUAAAUUGGGAGUGAUGCACAGAGACAUUAAACCGGAGAACUUGUGUUACGACAAAGAAAGAGACGUCUUCAAAAUCAUCGACUGGGGACUCGCGGAAUUUUACCACCCACAAAAACCACUGAAUUACCGAGUAGCAUCCCGAUAUCACAAAGCACCCGAACUGCUGUUUGAAUACACUUAUUAUGAUUAUGGAAUUGAUGUGUGGGGCGCAGGAAUAGUCUUCGCGACACUCAUAUUUAGACAGUCAAAGGCGUUACCGUUAUGGAGAGGGGCCACCAAUGAAGAAAUGUUACAACGAAUCGCUGAAUUCUUUGGGAAGAAAGAGUUGAUGAAUAUCAUUGAAAGGUGUGGCUGUGUCGUUGGGAAAACUGUGUUUGAUGGAAUUCCCAAUACGGCAGACGCAGACUUCAAACAAUUUAUCAAUAAAGAAAACGAAGAAUACGCAACGGAGGCGGCGCUCGAUUUGUUGAGCAAAGUACUUGUACUGGAUAUGGACAAGCGUUUCACAGCAAGUGAGGCACUGAAACACGCGUAUUUCAAGGAGGAGUAUGAAUGA